AUGGGAACUUGUCACUUGAAGCGGAUCAGUAUUCUGUCUUUAAUUCAGCUAUGUUUUCUUCGUGAGUUGAGUCUUUUGUGUUCACUCAUAUCUGUUAAAAGUAAACAUUCCGAUUCUCAUCUACAAACAUCAAUUAAGAAUAAUAAUGAUUGCAGAAACCCAUUAAUUUGUUCAACGGAUACAUUAUCUCAUUUAUCUGAACUUGCUCAAUUAUUACCAAUUAUACAAUAUGUUGUAAUACGCUCUGGAAUUAUGUAUUUAGGUGCUGAAUUGGAUUUUACUGAACAUUUAGCACCGAAACGUUUAUCACUUCAUGGAUUAUUACCUUAUCUAAUGAAUACAUUACAACUCAAUUACUUUCAGCGGUAA